AGGGGGCGCGGGGUUCCCGGAGGGGAGGCAGGCCGGCCGGCAGGCGGCGAGAGGCGGCUCCACGUGUCAGAUGCUCUUCCAUGCUGUUUCUUCGCAUCGGAGUCCCCCGUAAGGUGUGCUGCAGAGUAAAACAUAAUCAUGGCCAAGGUUAUCAAAAUGUUUCACACACUCAGAAAUCACUGGAAGAAGACCACCGCUGGGGCCUGCCUGCUCACCUGGGGAGGAAACUGGCUGUAUGGGAAACACUGCGAUAACCUGCUAAGGAGAGCUGCAUGCCAAGAAGCCCAGGUGUUUGGCAACCAGAUUCUUCCUUCCAGCAUGCAGAUCAAGAAAGCAACAGUGUUUCUCAACCCUGCAGCUUGCAAAGGUAAAGCCAGGAAUCUUUUUGAAAAGAACGCAGCGCCAAUUCUUCACUUGUCUGGUCUGGAUGUGACUGUGGUGAAGACAGAUUAUGAAGGGCAAGCGAAGAAGUUGUUGGAGCUGAUGGAAAACACAGACAUCAUAAUCGUUGCAGGAGGGGAUGGAACAUUGCAAGAGGUCAUAACUGGCCUCCUCAGAAGGGCGGAUGAGGCAGCUUUCAGUAAGAUUCCCAUCGGAUUCAUUCCCCUCGGAAAGACCAGCACCUUAAGUCACACGCUUUAUCCUGAGAGUGCAAACCAAGUCCAGCAUAUUACUGACGCCACAUUGUCCAUACUGAAAGGAGAGACUGUUCCACUUGAUGUUUUGCAGAUUAAGGGGAACAAAGACCAGCCCAUCUUUGCUGUAACUGGUUUAAGAUGGGGGUCUUACAGAGAUGCAGGAGCAAAAGUCAGCAAGUACUGGUAUCUUGGGCCUCUGAAAAUCAAAGCAGCCCACUUCUUUAAUACAUUCAAGGAGUGGCCUCAGAAGCAUCUAGCCUCCCUUUCCUAUUUGGACCCAACUCCGAGGCCUCCUGAGGAGCCAGAGCAGAAGACCCCUAGACCUCCUUUAUACAUCAGGCUUUACAAGAGACUGGCACAUUAUUGGACACCUGUCCCCAAAGAAAUCCCCAAGGAGGUGACCCCGGAGGCUUGGCGAGAAAUGCAGCUGUCCGCUAUUGAAUUCUCUGUCGCUACUCAGAACAGACAUCUUGACUUGAAACGCACAGAAGACUUCAUGCAUAUUUGCAUUGAACCAGAUUCAAUCAGUAAAAGAGAAUACAUUAAAAGAGGAAGCCAAAAGAUGGAGGACCCCCACUUGUGCCCAGAAGGAAGCCAGUGCCUUCAGGCUAGCAGGUGUACCUUGCAGCUUGCAGAGGAUACGGAAGGCUUCUUGGCUGUGGACAGCGAGGAGUAUGAAGCGAUGCCAGUGGAAGUGAAGCUGCUGCCCAGGAAACUCCGGUUUUUCUGCGAUGCCAGAAAAAAGGAGCAAAUGAUUCAAGGCACAUCCUAGCAAAGGCUGCCGCCGCCAGCCAACCGUGUGAAUUUCAAAACGGUGCUCUCGGCUCCUGGCUGGCAGGCUGGCGUUUGCAUUUGAUAAGGCCUGCAGGCACGUCAGGUGCCAAAGAAGACACAUAUGGAAAGGGUCUCUGAAAAGGGGGUUAAAUUGGUUAAGGAACUGCAGCUGGAAAUUUUGCAUGCCUUUCGAGUACAAUGAAAGACUGUUUUUUUGCAGACCAGUGCUUUGUGUGUAAGUAGCUGGAUCUCUGAGUUCUAAAUUCCCUGCCUUGGAAGUGUUAGGGUAGAAAUCCAUACAUAUUUA